AUGGAUGACCUGGUGCUCAACAUUUCCUUUGAUGAACCAGUAGCAAAGAAGAGAUCAAACCUAUCAAAUAAGUAUGGUCGCACUCUUGAGAGUCUCACUUCUCUAAAAGUGCCCAGCAGCCACGACAAGACCCCGAAAAAGCGGAAAGCACCAGAUAACCCAAUACAAGGUGCCUCAAACCAACCAAAGAAGCGCAGGAAACUUGAAGAAGGUACCUCUACGCAUGUGCAAGCAGCCUCGGCUGCAGUCAAAGCACCAAGGCAUAUCGUCUCCUCUCUCUUCACCUCAAAUCCGCUGGUGCCGAAAGCAUCUACAAGUUUGCCUAUAUAUACCACUCCGGCUCUUCCAAGCAAUGCCCCGUUGACCGAUUCGUCGACAUUUGAAGGUGUCGGCUUGCACAAAUUAUUGAUCAAUCACUUGCAAGGCAAGAUGAACAUCCAGAAACCGACUUCAAUCCAAAGAGCCGCUCUCCCUCAUCUUUUACGUCCAUACGAUGACAAGUCACCACCGCCCGACAUCUUUUUGCAGUCGCAGACUGGCUCGGGAAAAACAUUGGCAUUUCUCCUCCCCAUCAUCCAAGAUCUCCUCCCACUCAGCUCCCUCUCGUAUAUCGACCGAUCCAUCGGUACGCUGGCGAUCAUCAUUGCCCCAACUCGAGAGCUCGCGAAACAAAUAUCCGACGUAUUGGAGACGCUUCUCAAGAUGCGACUAAGAGAGUCACAGGAAAUCUCAGACGAUACCGAGCCGCGACUAACACGAUGGCUCGUCUCCGGACUUCUAUCAGGAGGCGCCACCAGAGCCCAUGAAAAGGCUCGUCUACGAAAAGGCUUGCCUAUCCUCGUCGCAACCCCCGGAAGGCUGUUGGAUCAUUUACAAAACAGUACCUCGUUCAACGUCGGAAAGUGUCGGUGGCUGGUUUUGGACGAGGCUGACCGGUUGAUGGACCUUGGGUUUGAAGAAACCAUCCAAGGGAUCCUGAAAGGACUCGACGGCCGGAGGAAGCUCGCCAUGAAAGCAGUAGAGCAAGGCCAAGGAAUGGAGGUUGGUGGAUGGGAGUGGAGGGAGAGACGAACAAUCCUUUGCUCGGCCACAAUCAGGGAGGACGUACAAAAGCUUGCAGGGACGGCCCUCAAACGACCAAUCGUGAUCAGGGGGAGCUUAGAUGACCCAAAUGAUACCCAGCCGGUCCAGGCACAGUCACAGGCGGAGCAUUUCGCACCUCCAUCUCAGCUUAGCCAAAAGUACAUCGUGACGCCGCUCAAACUUCGACUAGUGACCCUCGUUGCAUUGCUACGGUCACUACUCGCCGAUGGCGCGCGACGGAGAGAUCCAACUCGAAUCAUUGUCUUUCUCAGCUCUACAGACUCGGUAGACUUUCACUGGAGCCUGCUAGGCAAAGCAACGAUGGGUGGUGAAGAUACGGACAAAGGGCCGUCCGAACCAGACCAAGUGUCUGUCCAAUCAUCUCUACUACCCGAUGCCAUUGUCUAUAGACUCCACGGCUCGUUACCUCUGGCCACCCGUCUAGCAUCUGUCAGCGGCUUUGCAGGGAAAAAGAACAAAUCCUCAAAGUCCAACAUAGCUGAAGCCCAAUCUUCCACAAUCCUACUCUGUACAUCUGUCGCUUCUCGCGGUCUAGACCUUCCACAAGUACGAGCGGUCAUUCAAUACGACCUUCCAACCGAAGGUGGCGCAACGGAGUAUAUCCAUCGUGUUGGUCGAACAGCACGUGCUGGUAAAGGUGGAGAGGCGUGGAGCUUUGUUUGUCCAAGUGAAGCGGAAUGGGUCCCAUGGCUGGAGGAGCGCCUAAGCACUAGCUCGGCGGAAGACACGCCUACUGCCAAGCUUCAUGCUGUGGAUAACGCCGUGGUUCUUCGUAAGGGAUUUGGUGGCAAAGGAACUGAGUAUGAGGAGAGAGCUACCGAGGUUCAGCUGGCUUUUGAGCGUUGGGUUCUCGCGUCCAAAGAAAACGCCGAACUGGCAAGAUCCGGCUUCAAGUCUCAUCUUCGUGCCUAUGCCACCCACCCUGCAGACGAAAAGCAUAUCUUUCAUGUGCGGAAUCUGCACUCGGGUCACUUGGCAAAGGCGUUUGCCCUCCGUGAUGCACCUUCGGGUAUGGACAAAGCAAGCAAGGCAGCUGCAAAAGUCGGUAGCAAGGCCGGGAAGAAGAAACAUGCUGGUCGACAACCCGCAGGAGCACUUGAUAGCAGCGACGAGGAUGCAGAUAUUUCACUCACAGAGAAGCGCAUGAAGGCCAUUGUGCGGGAACAAGGGCGAUUGACAAAGAAAAAGGGCAUGCUGAUGCCUUCUGGCGUCGGAGAGUUCCAAAUUGCGUCCUCAGAUACACUGGCAAAGUUGGUCAAGUCCGUUUCGAUCGAUUAG